AUGCCGGCCGCUCUCACAGACUCCAGCCAGAUCAUCUGUGAAGUCUGGGCGAGCAACGUGGAGGAAGAAAUGAGGAAGAUACGACAGAUUAUACAAAGCUACAAUUAUAUCGCCAUGGACACAGAGUUCCCCGGGGUGGUGGUGCGGCCAAUCGGAGAGUUUCGGAGCACGGUGGAUUACCAGUACCAGCUGCUGAGGUGCAACGUGGAUCUGCUGAAGAUCAUCCAGCUCGGCCUCACCUUCAUGAACGAGGACGGAGAUUAUCCUCCAGGCACGACGACGUGGCAGUUCAACUUCAAGUUCAACCUCACAGAAGACAUGUACUCUCAGGACUCCAUAGACCUGCUGCAGAACUCCGGCCUCCAGUUUAAGAAACAUGAAGAAGAAGGAAUCGACACGCUUUACUUCGCUGAGCUGCUCAUGACGUCUGGACUGGUGCUGUGUGAAAACGUCAAGUGGCUCUCCUUCCACAGCGGCUAUGACUUCGGUUACCUGGUGAAGCUGCUGACGGACGCUCGGCUCCCUGAAGAGGAACACGACUUCUUCCAGAUCCUCAACCUCUUCUUCCCCGCCAUCUACGACGUCAAGUACUUAAUGAAGAGCUGCAAGAACCUGAAGGGAGGUCUGCAGGAAGUAGCCGACCAGCUGGAGUUGAAGAGGAUCGGUCGGCAGCAUCAGGCCGGAUCGGACUCUCUGCUAACCGGCAUGGCCUUCUUCAGGAUGAAAGAGCUUUUCUUUGAAGACAACAUCGAUGACGCUAAGUACUGCGGCAGGUUGUACGGACUCGGCUCGGGUUCCACUCAGCCUCAGAACGGCCUCUCCAGCUCGGGCCAAGAGGAGACCAACAACAAGCACUGACCCCCUC